UUGCCUUUUCCACAUAGUAACUCUGACUCCAGUGCGCGGCUCCUUUAAGAAGAAACUACUAAGUCCCGCCCCUGGCCCUCUUUGUCAGGGGACACCGGUUCCCUACGCCUUUCGCGGUACCGCUUGGGCGUUGCCAUGGAGAACGAGAAGUGCAGGCCGGACCCUGGGAAGAAACUACAUUACCCAGAAGACUUUAUGGGUCGGUGGCGGGCGAUGAGGCAAUGACGACCCUGGAAAGGGAUCGGGUGACCUUUGAGGACAUAGCUGUAUACUUCACCUGGAAGGAGUGGGGCCUCCUUGAUGAAGCUCAGAGGCACCUGUAUCAUGAUGUGAUGCUGGAGAACUUUUCACUUGUGGCCUCACUGGGACUUGCAUCAUCCAAGUCCUGUGUGGUUGCCCAACUAGAGCAGGAUAGAGAGCCCUGGAUGCCUGACACGGUGGAUGCAUCUCCAGCCACAGCAAGAGAGGCCCAGAGGGGGCCUGGGCCUGAUUAUUGCUGUGGAGUGGAAGAGGCCCCUCUUGAGCAGCGUGUUUCUAAAGAAGGAUUGUUCCAGUUUGGGACCCCUGAGGAAGGUUCUUCCACCCAGAAGGCAAAAAUCUGUGACAUGUGUGGCCCACUCUUGAAAGACAUUUGGCACCUGGCUGAGCACCAGGGAACACACUCCAGGCAGAAAGUGUACCUAUGUGGGACAUGGGGCAGAGGCUUCUGGAUCAAUGCAAACCUUCACCAGCACAAGAGUGGAGAGAAACCUCUCAGAUGGGACAAAGACAGGGUUUUAUUUGUGAAGAGCUUCAGUGUCCCCAUGUCAGAGAAGCCUUUCACAUGCAGGGAGUUUGGUAAGGAUGUCCAGGACAGCCAUGACCUCCUCCAGAACCAGGCCACCCACAGUGAGGGAAAGCCAUUCAGAAGCACUGAAUACAGGGAGGUCUUCCCACACAACUCCAGUCUUGAGCAGCAGCAGGGAGUCCACACUGGACAGAAGCCUUUCAAGUGCAGUGACUGUGGGAAGGUCUUCCUGAAGGCCUUCGCUCUCCUCGACCAUCUGAUAACUCACUCUGAAGAGAGAGCCUGUAGAUGCCCGACAAGUGGAAGUGCCUUCAAGAAGAAAUCAGCCCUUGCCGAUCAUCAAAAGUCUCAUACUGGAGAAACAUUCUAUGUGUGUAAGGAUUGUGGAAAGGCCUACACUUACCUAUCUCUUCUGAGAAUGCAUCAGAAAGUUCACACUGGAAAAACCCAUUACAAGUGCAGUGAAUGUGGGAAAACCUUCACUCGUAAGCACUCACUUAGUCAGCACCAGAAAAUUCACACUGGGGAAAGACCUUAUGAGUGCAGACAAUGUGGGAAAGCCUUCACUCGCAACUUCCAUGUUGUUCGACAUCAGAAAGUUCACAACACAGAAAGGCCUUAUGAAUGCAGACAGUGCCGCAGAGUCUUUAGCUGUAUCUCCAGCUUCAUUCAGCACCAGAAAAUACACACGGGAGAAAGGCUUUAUGAAUGCAGUGAAUGCGGGAAAGCUUUCAUUAACAGCUCCCACCUUGCUCGGCACCAGAAAGUUCACAACACAGAAAGGCCUUAUGAGUGCAGUGAAUGUGGGAAAGUCUUCCGUCAAACCUCCAAACUUGUUCUACAUCAAAGGAUUCACACUGGAGAAAGACCUUGUAAGUGCAAUCAAUGUGGGAAGGCCUUCAGUUUCCCCUCCAAUCUCAUUCAGCACCAGCGAAUUCAUACUGGAGAAAAGCCUUAUGAAUGCUCAGAAUGUGGGAAAGCCUUCAGUCAAAGCUCUGCCCUUAUUCAGCACCAGAAAGUUCAUACUAGAGAAAGGCCUUAUGAAUGCAACGAAUGCGGGAAAGCCUUCAGCUAUAACUCUAACCUUGCUAAACACCGGAAAGUUCACACUGGAAAAAAGGCCUAUGAGUGUGGCCAGUGUGGAAAGGCCUUCAGUGAAAGUUCUAUCCAGCACCAGAGAGUUCAUACUAAAGAAAGGACUUAUGAGUGCAACAAAUGUGGUAAAGCUUUCCGCUACAGCUCUAACCUUUCUAAGCAACAGAGUUCACACUGGAAAAAAGCCUUAUGAGUGCAAUGAACAUGGGGAAAUCUUUCAGCCUCAUUCAGCACCAGAAAGGUCACAACAAAGGCCGUAGCAGUGCAGUGAAUAUGGGAAAGCAGUUAGCUGUGGCUUUCUCCCUGUUCAGCAUAAAAGGACUCACUCCUGAGAAAAGUUUUAUGAAGAACUUUUGUGAAGAUGCCAUCAGCCAAAAACGGAAAUUUAUACAGCCCAAUACCUCACUAGAGAGAUUGUCCAUGAGUGCCAGUUACGUGUAAAGCUUUCAGGAGCAACAUUGUACUUUCUAACUUGCUCAUGUCCUUUGUCAGAUAUAUCACUUGACAGUGCCUAUGGUAGAUGCCAUUUCACCUUACCAUCUGGCAGGUCUCCACAGUGUGUGCCUGUCAUCUCAGCAUACUCAGGGAGGGCAGAACUCUGUGCUCGCUUUCUGAUUCUGGAGGAAACCAUAAAUGAUGUGAGCCCUUUGGAGUGAGUUUAUUUCUCAACUUUCCCCUGUUCCCAAGGUUUAGGUAUUGCCCUGACCUACUUCUGUCCAUGAGAAUCUGAAUUGGAGUCUGCUCAGGACUCCCAGAGAAGGUUUCCCUUUUUCAUGGGCAUUGUUGAGUCUACAGAUGACACCUGCAAUGGGUUUGUCCAGCCACUAAAUACCCAGCCUUGGAACUGCCUGCCUUACACUGCUCCAGAGUGUGUAAUAAUAAAGGCCUUAUGGUUUAAGCCGUCUUUAAUUCUGGGAGUGCCAUCCAUUGUGUGUGGGGAAGGGUUGAGAACAGAAUUAGGCUCUGCCAGCAUGAAGUGGGUAAAGGGCUUUGAGGGGAGCCACUUCAUAUGCCUCAUGGGCAACUUCAGGAUGACAGGGACCAGCUUUCAGUCUAGUUUAACCUAAUGUGCUUUGCAGCUCAGAUCUUCCUGGGAAAGGCUGAAGGUCUCUGUGGGCCAGAUCUUAUGUCCCAGAUGCCAGGAUUAUCUACUGGACUCAGAGCUUAUCCCAAAGAGUAUUUGGUGUGGCAAUCUCCAGUAGUUCUUAAAGCAGGAGGAGUCGGGUCCCUUGUUCCCAAGGACCUUUGAGAGUCCUCUACAGUGUUGUGGGGUAGCUGUCUCCUGUGACCUGCCCCUGAAGUCUAGAAUCCAUAGGCAGACGUCACUGACUAUAACAUCUACAAGGCCAAGUCAGAACCAUAAAUGAGUACAGAAACACUAGGCUUGAGGUCAUAGGGAAUGAGGGGGACAAUGGCAAACAAGAAGAAUCCAAUAGUGUGCUUGAGCCAGAUCAUACCCACCCAUAAGUGUUGAUUAUGUUAAACUCCACGUUCAGUGACAUCACAUUACAUCCCCACAUAGCCCAGGUAUUGGAGCAGUUGUGGCUGCCUAUGUAGUUGGGACACAUCCCUCUUUUCCAGUCUAUCCCUCCCUCUCAUUUACUCAUCUAAGGCACUUGCCUGGCCACUGUAGGUCUUACAUUUGGUGACACCUGCCUGUUGGGGUCUAGAUUCAGGAUCGUGACUCUGGCUUGGUCCCAAAAGACAACUUCUCAAGACCUAUGGGGAAUAUUAGACAUCUAGCAAUAAGACCAAUUGCCUGCUGCUCCCAAGGAACUUGACAGUCUUAGACUAACAAUACCAUUUUUCAGAAUGAGUGGAGUCCGUGGGUCACAGCUUUCAGCUCAUAGUAUCCUUCAGUUUAACGGGAGACACUAGCAGCAAUGCAUAUAAGGUCAGAAGUGGAGAGUCAGGCCCUGCAUGUGCAGAGUUCACUUUGAGUCAGAUAUGGUGGAGGGACCCUCAUACACCAUUCACCACCCUUCAUGCUGACAGAGCUGAUUUUUACCUCCGCCCACCCCACAUAAUAAACAGAUCCCUAAAGAUUGAAGUAAGCUUAAAUAGUAAGGUUUAAAUAAUACAACCUUUAUCAUCAGACAAGUAGGCCUGGUGGCUCCUUGGUUAAGCACAUGACUGCUAACCAAAAGAUCAGCAGUUCAAACCCACCAGCAACUCCAUGGGAAAAAGACCUGGCAAUCUGCUUCUGUAAAGGUUACAGCCUUAGAAAUCCUAUGGAGCAAUUCUAAUCUAUAGGAUCACUAUGAGUCAGAAUCGACUCGAAGGCAACGGGUUUGGUUUUUAAUGGGUAUCAUCAGACAGUCCAGAGUGAUUCGAGGUAGGUUGUUUGAAGGUUUGGUGAUUCAGAGUAUGGUAAUUUUUCUGCUUACCUCAGAACCUGAGGAUAUAUUUUGUUAUAUAGCAAAAGGGACUUUGGAGAUGUAUUUAAGUUAAGUAUCUUGAGAUGGAGAAAUUCUGUAUUAUCCAGGUGGGCCCAGUGGGAUCACAAGGGUCCUUAAAAGUGGAAGUUGGG